CUAGGUUUUUGGAGGUGAAAAUGCUUAUUUUUAUCCCGACAACGGUGAUGCCUUGAUCAUCUGCAGGAAUAAGUUAACAAUGUUUCCUUCAGCUUAUUUGUUUGUUUAUUCAUUCUUUUGUUUGAAAGGAUUACUUGUUUGCACAUCGGGUGCUUUUAAUUUAACGUCGACGAAGGAGACACUAACCGUGUCUCCCGAAUUUACUGGUAGUAGUAUGGAUACAAACAGUGAUGAAAGCAUUACACUUGUGUCGAAUUUAAGUCAAACAAAAAGCGAUGUUGAAUUUAAGACUACUGUGAAUUAUGCAACUUUAUUUUACGACUUGUCAAAGACUGAGACAGAAAACCCCGAAACUUCAAAAUUGGGGAUGUAUAUGAAAACUCAAGAUUCGACAAUAAUAUCCGAAACAUCACAGGUACCAUCAAAAGCAAAGACGUCAAGGCAAGACGUGUCUACUUUGGAAAGUACUUCACAUACUGCAAAUGUAAGAGAAGAUGCGACAGAAGAAACAAGAUCAUUCACGGACGACACUAGAACUGUUGCAUUAUUAUCAUCUGAGUCACAAUCUAAAAGACCAGACAGAAGUCAAUUCAGUACAAACAUUCAAAUGAAAACAGAUUCGUCAUCACAAAGUUACAAAGAAGAAAUAACUACCUUAGAAACCAUUCAAGCGAGUGAUACGUAUAAAACCGAAGCAAAAUAUAACGGCACAUCCGAUGGUGUUGCAAUCCGGAACAGUUCUAUUACCAACAUUACAGAGAUCAGUUAUUCUUUAUCUUCGGACAAAACUCCCUAUAUUACAGAAACCGCAGACCUAAUUGAUAUGCCUGAUGAUAAGACAGUUAAAGUAGAACAGACUACUAUUUCUCAUACAUCUGAAAUAUCGAGCAGUAUGUACAUCAGAGAUGAAGAAAAAACUAAUGGUUUAAAUUAUUUCACUUCUAAACACACAACGGAGUCUGCCUUUGAAAGUGACACAUCAACAUUUAUUAACACACCUGACAAUGACAAGAAAGAUAUUUCCACAAGCAGUAUUAAGCAACAGUCAAAUGAACAAGUUUUCCAACUUACAGGUAUAACAACAAUGGAAAGAUCUGUGGUAACUGUAGGAGGAAGUGACUAUCCUAGUACGAAAGGAGAAAUUAAUGACAAUACAAACUUUCCAACAGUUGCCACUGAAAAGGAGGAAAGACAAUAUGAUGAUGAAAGUGCUGCAGGAACAACCAUAAUUACUUCAUCUGAACAAUCUGCCACUGAAAACGAAUCUACAGAAAAUCAACAAAAUUAUACAACUCCACCAUCUGUCACACCAAGUUCUGAUAUAUAUGAUUCGACAGGUCAAGGUCCUGAAAUUUUAAGUGAGGAUGGAUUUUUGUUAGUGGACCUUGAUAACACGGGCGUCCAAUCUGGGCAUUUAUCAACUACACCGCCGAAUCAAUUUUCUGCCGAAAGAUAUUUAAUAAGCAGCACCAAAGAACUUGCCACUGAUGUUACUGACGAACCGGUAAAGUCUCCAACUGCCAAUGAUGAAACUAAUGCAGUUGUUAGUAUUUCGAGCAAGAAAAAAUACGUAACUUCUAUUUCCACAGCUAUUCUUCCAGAGUUAACGGUGAAUCCAAAUGCAAAUGCCACCGUCGAUGAACACAGUUCAAUAUUCAAAGGUAAAAGUACCACUGAUUUAUAUAGAAACGUUAGCUCUUCAGUAUCAAUAAAUGAUAAAUCUGAAUCAAAUUAUAGUAAUACAGGCUUCACAAAUCCGGUGUCUGAGUCAACAACAAAAGAAAGUCAACUUAACACAGAAAGUAUCAACAAAACAACCAACGCUGCAUCAACAGGAAAGUUUAACAAUGGUUUUACAAAUUUAUCACAAUCUAUUAGACUUUUAGAACCGAAAGAAUUCUCCACUGUAAGUAAACAUGAUUUGAGUUUGUCUGCAUCUGAAAACUCAUUUACACAAAUAGCUUCAACUGCAAAUAAAAAAAGCAACACCGACAUAGAAAGUUCAACAGAAGCACAUCUUGAAGUCAGCUCUACUAUUGAUAGCAUAACAUCAGCACCAAAUAUUUAUAAACAAAUUGAAUCAGUGACAGACGGUAAGAAGAACAUUGAGAAUGAAGGCGAUGUUGACAUGUCUUUUUCAACCUCUGUGACUGACAUUGCACAAAUCAAUCAUGCUUCAGAAACGUCGACAGUAUUUUUACAACAAACAUAUGAUAACUCUGAAAAGGUAGACAACUCUUUCUUAAAGGUAACAAAUCAGUUUACACAAGAAAAGACGAGUGAAGGCUUUCACGAUGUUUCAUUUAAAAGAUUACUUAAUACCGAAACAGUAGAUAAUACAUACAUAACAGAAAAAUCGAUAUCUUUUGACACCGAUUUAGAUGAAUUUGUCUUUGAUGAAAGUCUUGAAUCACAAACAUACGUUCCAACAUCGUCAGAAUCAGAUGAUUUAGGAAUUGAUGGAACUUCUCAUUUUCUUAAAAAAAGGUCAUUCGAACAACCAAGUAAUUAUAACGAAUUAACAAGUCAUGAUCAGAAAGAAGUUACAAUUUCUACUCUUCAUGGUCAUACAAACACGUUGAAUACGAAUAAAAAUUUAGAUAGUUCCCCGAUAAAAAAUGGAACAAAAACUUAUUUUGAAGGACAUAUCUCGAUAACUACUGAUUCAACAUAUGUCGAUGAAGUAGAAACAAAUUCAGGAUCGACAAUGUCAAUGACCGAAAGGACUGGUUCAUCAGAAAAUACGUCUUUUGAAAUAAGGCUCAAGAACGCAACGGUUAUAAGUUUUAAAAACGAAACAAAGGAGACAGGGUUAUCUUAUACAAGUGAAACAACAAGUCACCCGGAGGACACUUCAGUGAGUACCACAAGUUCUAUCAAGACGUUGCCGUUUGGUGUAAUGACUUCUCAAACAUUAGAAGAAAUAUCGACAGAAAACAAUCAGAAGCUUAACGACGAAGAUUUCAUUACCAUUAGUACGCCAAAUAUUGCGAAGACAGAGGGUACACAUGUAAGUGACAUUUCUAUAAAAAUGACCCCAACGAUUACUGAUCAUUUAGAGUUAUAUGAUAAAAGUCUGCCAGAAAAUUUAUUUACAAUCAGUUCAACUGAUAAAUCAAUUAAAACAAGACAAACCUUUGACACUUCACAAACAAAUUUGUUUGAUGAGCAAAAUACUCCAGGAUUAGAUAAUACUAAGGCAGAAAUAAGUUCAAAUGCUUAUUCAGAAAAGUCUAAAACAAAAACAUUAGAAACAUCAACAGUUGGGACAGAAAACGACUUGUCAACUUUGGUAUAUAAUGAUACCAAAGAUUCAAAAAUAUAUUCUAAUCAGAAUUCGAUGACAGGCGUUGCAACCAGUCUAGUAACAAUUAGUCACGAUACAUCUGGAGGACCGAUAAACCAAUCAGUUGAAGAUAUUUUUCAUACACAAUCACACCUAACCGAAGAUGAGUUGUCUCCAUCAAAUGGCAAUUCCACAAAUUUCAAUACAAAUCAUUUGACAAUAGAAUCUACAUCGUCAAAAAGUGUGGGCAAAUCUUCCACAAUAAUAAAUUUUGAUAAGACAUUUACACAAAAGGCUAGUGAUGUUCAAGAAGUAUCAAAAAAACUGUAUUCACUGGAAUCAUCAGUUAGUGGCAAUACUGUCAAGUUGUCAACUGUUUCAAUAUAUCCGGUUAAAACUGAAACAUACGUUGAUUUUACACAAACCAGUCCUGGUCAAGUCAAUGGUGAAUCCUCUCUACAAAAAGAUGCAUAUACAAUGCAAACCACUGUAAACGAUAUAUCGUCUAUUAGUAUGAAUCGUCAGACGAUGUCAGAAGAACCAAAACAGAAUUUUGAAAAAUUUACGGUCAAAAACAUUGCAACAUUUUCAUCCGACGAUCCCACUGUAGAAAUUGCCUUAAGCACGCCAGAUAACGGCUUUUCCUAUACAGAACAAAAUUCAAGAGACAGAGGCUUGAUUUCUACAAACGAUUACACAGCAUCAUCUCCAAAAUUAGGAAGUGAAAGUGACAGACCUUCAACAAUGUCUCUUAAUAGGAAAGACGAAUCAAAUCGUUCGGCCGAAGUGACUAUUGAUUCUACUGAGACAAGCACAUUUGGAGAUGACAGUGAAUUGUUGCAACAAACUACUCCAACUGCUAUGAAAAAUGUAGCUUUAGGUACCACAAAUGACAAUCGUGUUACUUCUGGAAACGGCGGUACUCUAUAUACAAAGCUAAUAUCAAAGUAUGACAACACUUUUGUGUCUCAAGUAGACGCACGCAGUUCCCCAUCUGAUGCUUAUGCUACCAAUCUUUCUACUGAUCAAUCAUCUAGAACUAAAGUAGUUACUGUGGAAGGCGAUACUAUUUCACAGGCUCAAAGCACUUCCGAUACAAUUAAUGAUAUAUUCAUCAAUUCACAUCGCGUUAUACGCGACACAGGUAGUACUUUUAACGCUCAAUCCUCCACUAAAAUUAGUGGGCACGCUAUUUCAAGUCAGCAAUCCAGCGCAACAAUUUCAUCUCACCAAAAUAAUGAAAGUUCUGUUCAAAUUACUGAUAAAAUAACUUUAUCCGAUAAAGGCGAGAUGAAUGAUAAUGCUUUAACUAGGGAAUAUGUAUUAUCGACUGUGCAAAAUGAGAUAAACACCAAACUAAAUACUUCACAAGCAAAUCCAUUGACAAAUGAAAAUGAAAUAGCAACAGAAAUAACAACAGAAGGUACAUACCAUACGACAAAUAGUUUCCUUUCCAACCAUUCUGAUGUCACCAAUAGAAGUAAUUCGUCCAUUUCUGUAUUGAAAACUACCAUGUCUUUGGUUUCAGAUACUGUUGACACACUUAGACAACCGGAUGUAUCUGACAAAGAAUCUGGUGUUCAGGAUUUCACUCCUGUAUCAACCGUCCAAGGUUAUUCUGAAACACCCACUUCUGUCUCUUCAAUACCAAUAUUUAAUACAAAACCAAUCACUUCUGUCCAAGAUACUGAAAACACUGAACGCAUCUUUAACGAUAUAACAAAAGACACAAUGUCAGAAGGUUCAAACAAUGCGACACCGAUUUCAAAUAUAAUGUUUUCUAGCCAAUACGACUAUGACUCUGUUGCAACUGAAGAUCAUUUAGAAUCUAGUUCUAUAUCAUCAAUUCCUGCUAAUCAUGUAAAAAUGACAACGAUACAUAAAACAACAUUAUCAGCUUCAAGUUCAAUCGAAGAUAAUUUUGACAGAGAUACUAGUAGUUCAACAAAAACUGAGAAGGUUACUUCACUUGAAACCUUAAUUAGCAAGGAUGAUUACGUAUCAGGCUCGGAACAGCCUAGUUCAAAAGUGUAUGAAAUUCCAAAUGCAGAAAAUGGUACGACAGUUUCUGUUAUAACACAUGCUAUUGCUUCAAAAAAUGACAUUCUUGUACCCGAUACUACAACAAACGUGUUUGACACCUUUUCCCAUAAGUCAAGCACUGACGUUAGUAACAAAGAAGAGUUUGUGACAAACCACAAAACUAGCAAUCGAACUGAUCAUAUGCAAUAUCUUAACUUGACUGUUUCAGAUGAAAUUACUACUUCUCAAACAAAUGCUCAUGAUGAAUCGAGUUUCCAAGAAGUAACUAGAAAUAUUUUAAAUCAAAGUCAUGAUGAUAUGAUUCUGGAUAAUUUAUAUAAUUCAACGACAAAAUCUUUCUCUACAGUGCAAAAUUUUACAAAGGGAGACCUUUCAGGCGACGUCCAAACUGAAUCUUUAACAUCUUUUGUCAGCAAAACAUUAAAAAUUUAUCCUGAUGAAACCUCAACCUCACAAUCUUCACCCCAGUCAUAUAAUGAAUCAACAAAAGUAACAAAUAGCCGUCCAGAUACAAUCAAAAUAACUGAAAGUAUUUCAUCAAUUCCCAGCACAAUUUCAAGUAAGGACAAGAAAACAAGUUUGACAGGAAAAUCAGCUCGUGUUACUAGUCAAUCAGAUUAUACUACGUACGUAGCAAAUAAAUCAUCGGUUGAAACAACUUCCAGCUAUGUAUCAAAUGCCACCAAUACCUUUGGUGGGAAAAGCAAAAUCAUUACACAAGAAGUAUAUGAUUCCACAAUGAACCUUCAAACUUUUAACAAAAGGGAAACAAUUGAAAUGGGAAAUAUUACACUAAUAAGUACGCCAAGCACUCAUAUAAUUGACAUAGACCAUCAAGGCUUGACAGAUUCAUAUAAGGUAACAACAAAUGAUAAAGCAGGACCGAGAUCAACAGAUUUAGAAAAGGAAACUACAUCUUUAGAUAAUAAAGGAACCAUACUUUCUUCAAAUACCCACUUAAAAGGUCUGACCACAUCAGAAACCCUCCCUACUUCGGAUGAUGAGGAAAAAACAACAAGUGAUUAUUUAAGUAGUCAAUCUGUAUCUAUAUUAGAUGAUCCGACGUCCAUAUUUGUGUCUGGAAAUAUUAAAACUGAAUGGCACUUGUUCUCAGGUAGCACCGUACAAACACAUCAUUCAAAGCCAGUUCUACUUAGAGAAGCCAUCUCUAAAUCGACAAUAUCAGAUGGUGGCAGCUUUAUUUCCGAUACUAAUCAUCCGAAAUAUAUCACUGAAACAACCGAGGAACAAGUUUAUUCAUCAAGUCAUACUGGAGGACAUGUUACAGAUUUUCAAAUUACAUCACAUACAUCUCAAUCUACAACGUCACUCUACUCAUUUGGCACAUUUACAAAUCUACCGACAGAUGACAGACGUACAGAGUUAUCUUUGACCAGCGACAUUAAGACAACAACACAGACAACUGAAAGCGAAAUAGAUUAUUUGACUUUGGACGAUAAAUAUGCUAAACAUUAUGCGCUCAAUAUUGAAUCUACUGUUUCAGACGAUGAAGAAGUUCUACCAAUGACAACAACAGAGGAAAUUGAACCUGAAACUGAUAGCAAUACUGCGACUUUAAUAGAUGAAAGAACUACAGUUCCGACUUCGUACACACAAAUACCACAAUAUACCUCAAGCACAGAUUUGUUCAAGAAUGAAAACCAUACCUUUGGCAAUAACAGAAGCGAUACAGUCGAAAUUUCAUAUACUACCGAGACAAUUGAAAAGAAAAUGACAGAAAUUUCAACUACUGAUACGGAGGUAGGCACAUCGAAUCAUAAUCUAUCAAAAACUACAUCUAAUAGUUCCUUUUCAACUAUGUAUUCUAUAGAAAACAGUUCUUUUUCAAGUGGUAUCCCUGAUACGAAUACUGAAAGCAUUGAUAUAACAAAUGAUAACAAUGAUACACAUACUUACAUGGGAAUAAAUGACGUGUCGAAGAAAAUAACAAAGGCAAUAGAUUAUGUUCAAGAUCAAAGCAAUAAGACAACAUCUGUUACCUCUGUACCAGAUGAUGAAAGAGGUGAUCUCAUUACAGUAUUAAAUGAUGUAACUACACAAUCAAACACACUAUUAAAUGAAAAGGAAUCUACACCGGCAAAACAAAAUCCUAGUUUGGUUACUUCUUCCACUAACACUGAACCAACAGUGCAAAAUGAGAACUUCAUAAAUGUUUCCGCUAUAGGUCAAUCAUUAAAUGACAAUAAAAACACACCAUCUGUCUAUUCACCUACUGAAUUUGCUACAGAAAGUGACAUCGACAUAUUAAGCACUGGUAGUUUUUUCACCGAAACAACUAAAGUUUUGGAAAACGGACUAAGUAUACAUGAUUCGACAAUUUCAUGGCCCAAAACUAAAAAUUUCUUUGUCAUUUGA